AUGGCAAGGCAGCAACCGGGGCUUGCCUGUGAAGAAUGUCGCCGACGGAAGGCACGAUGUGAUCGUGGGCGCCCUCAAUGUGGGAUCUGCGCUGAUGCGGGCCGAGAAUGUAUUUUUGUGGAAAAGAGGGCUCCUAGAGGACCUAAAAAGGGGCAGCUGAAGGAUUUACGGUCUCGAGUGGGUAAGUCAGGUUCCCGUGUCCGUUUCUUCACCAAACCGUCCAAUGAAGCGGAAAUCGAACAACGAUUGAUCAGCCAAGACCGACCUCUCGACGAUGGCAUGUCAACUCCAGAGCUUGAGGAUCCGAGCGAGCUCGCCUACGAUAGCUCAACUGGGAUUGACAUGGAUGCGUAUCAGAUGCCGCCGCGGUCGGUUUCCACCGACAAUAUAACUGAAUUUAAACGGCCGACAGAGUGGACGCUGGCGUCCUGUCGGGCUAAUUCCUGGACUGCAGCUGGGAGCUUUGCGUCUAAUCCACAACACAUGCAUGGCCUCGGAUUAGGCGUUCUGUCACCAAUGUCACCUGCUCAGACGCCUAUAAAUCAGAUGACCCUCGGAGAAGAUUUGAACAUGUCAGAUCUUAUGCUUGCCGACCUGGAUCUAUUAUAUUUUGAGCGAGUGCAUCCUAUUAUUCCCAUAAUCCACAAGGAGCGGUAUUUCUCAUGGGCCAAUGAUGAAAAUGUCUCGCCUUCUCGUAUCUGCUUACGAUCAGCUAUGCGAACCAUUGCUGCCGCUAUGUCCUCUCAAUUUUGCACUUUCACUGAGCCUCUGUAUGCGAGGACCCGCCGCAUGCUUGAGGUGCAGGAAGUACCAGGCGAGACCGGCUUCCCUUGGAUGGCAAUGCCCAGGGAUCCCAAAAGCGGAGUGGAUCAUGAAGUAAUUGCGGCAUGGCUGCUCCUUGCCCACUGCGAGCUCAUGCGCAAGUCAGAGCAACAGGCUCUCCUCACAGCUGGACAUGCGUUCACGCUAAUUCAGUUCUCUCACAUAAUUGAAAUUGAUACGCCCAAUGUCGAGGCCUCGCCGCCGAGUGAGUAUGCAGGCUCUAAUUCCGGAACGUCUUCAUAUACUUCGAUGGCAAUAUCAGAUGAAUCCUGGAUGGAGACCGAAGAGAAGCGACGGACGCUUUGGGCUGCAUUCGUUUUCGACAGAUUGUCCAGUAUGCUCAACGACCGACCAUCGAUGCUGCACGAAGAAAUAAUUCAAACACGUCUCCCAAUGCCCGAGGCAGAUUUUCAAAGCGGCCGAUUCCCAAUCCCCAUGGGAUUUCUUUCCGAAACAAUGAGCAACACCAACGAAUAUGCAUCACUCCCAUCAUUCGCCCAAUGCGUCGUGCUGGCAAGCCUAUAUGGCCACUGCCAAUCACACCGACGAAUGGAACAGUCGAUUCCACCCCCAGGCACAGAGUCGCAAUCCCAAGACUUCUGGACAAGACAUGAAUGGCUAGCUUCCGCCGCCACCGCCGCAACAAUGACACCUCUCUCAACACAAUCCAGCAAACGCGACGCCUCAAUAAAAUGUGACGCGAUGGAUUUCUUUAAUCAUAUUCUCGCCUACAGUGCAUGUAUCUCACUAAGUGAGACAGCCGAGGAAAGGCUCUGGCAAAAUGUCAAUGAUCAAAUGCUAGCAUUAGCAUACAAGCAAGCAGCCUACCAGGCUGCAAACGACGUCGUCCAUCUCAUCCAAAAAUUGCCUCGUGUCGCAUUUUUCAAAAUGCACCCUUUCCUUCCAAACUCGAUCUGCCUGGUUGCUAAAUUCUUGACUAUCGCCACGUCUCAACUUGCCAAUCCGACGGGUCGUAGGCAGGAUGGUGUUCAGAAUUUGAUGAUCGGGUUAAGACAACUUAGUGAUGUCAACAACUUGGCUAGAGAGUCUUUGAUGAAACUAGAGGCUGGAUUUGGCUGGUCCACGUCGACAAGGGGAGAGCUUUGUUAA